AUGCCAAACCAUGUUUUUUGUCACUACAAAUUUUGGACGGUCAAGCAAUGCAACUUCAACAUUGAUGAGGCGGGGAGGCAUAAGAAGCUUCAACUUCAAGAGUUGGAGGAGUUGAGAAAUGACUCAUAUGAAAACUCAAGAAUCUACAAGGAAAAAACAAAGCUUUUCCAUGACAAGUCCAUUGCCCGCAAGCAUUUUGAGCCGGGACAUAGGGUUAUGCUUUAUCAUUCGCAAUUGAAGUUUUUUCCUGGAAAGUUGAGGUCAAGAUGGAUAGGUCUGUUUGUUAUGCUAAAAGUCUUUGAGCAUGGAGCAGUUGAAAUUCAAAGUGAAGAAACGGGGAAAGUCUUUAAAGUCAAUGGGCAUCGAUUAAAACCUUUCUAUGAGGGCUUUAAUGCAAAUUUCUUAGAAGUCAUCCAAUUGGAUGCCCAGGUGUAUUGA